UAUUACCAUCGCCUCUAUUGGUCUCUACUUCCUGCCAAGUCACGUGAAUUUGUUGAGGUUUUCGGUGCCACCAGCGGUUGUGAUGACAUCCUGUUCAACUGUCUAAUCAGCCACAUAACUCAGCAAUGCCCGAUCAAGCUUCUUCAUCCCGAUGACACUAACCAACUCUUCCAGAGUGCUUUUAUUCCUCUUUUCCAGCCCUUGACACCAUCUAGGGGGCUCAAUCGAACUCUCGCCAACUCUACUUUCUAUACUUUUGCAGCUGACUCGCACUCAGCUGCGUCGCCAUUACAGUGGAACUCAAUGUAUGAAACUUUUAAGAAGGAAUACGCACACCUUCGGAGACAACAGGAUGUCGCGCAUCAACACGUUUGUUUGCAAGCAUUCAGCACUCUCUUUCCGGUGACCCCUAAUAAUUUGGCCAUGACUGAGGAAGAUAUUAAUAUGUCUUUUGGGUCCCAACAGAACUUUGCUUGGAUUUCCAGAAGCCGACCAAAUGCCGACUGGAAAUCGAGCUUAUCUGACCGGACAAUUCUACCUUUUCCUGGUCUUUUAAUGGCUGCUCCAAACGAGGAUAUGGUGGAAACUUGA